GGAGGCGGGUGCCCUGAACUGGCAGCCAAGGGCGGAAGCUUUUUGGGGUUUGCUGUUGCUGCUUGAGGCUUUCAUAGAGUUGCGGCAUCUGAGCUGGGAUGAUGCAGGCACACAGAAGCAGAGCUGGGUCUUCCCCCAGGGCUCAGUCUGGGCCAGCCUCAGCAGUUUUUGGCUGCCACAUGGAAGAUCACACAAAGCGCGUCCAGCCCAUCCCACUCCCAGCCAUGCAGCAGAACUUGAACUAUAUGUACCCCCAGAUCUUUUGGGUGGAUGGCUGUGCCGAUGCCAGUACCUCCUGCCAUCCAGCAUCCCCUGUCGCUCCCUUCCCUCCACCGGUACCCGAUCGGAGGAAAAAGCCAAAGAGCAACAGAGAAAGGAGCAGCGUCGGUUUCCUGGUGAUCUUCUUGCUGAUCCUGCUGGCCCUCACUGGAGUGGGGCUGAGCAUGUUUCAGAUUUUCCACCUGGAGAAGGAACUGGCUGAACUCAGAGAGUCUGUCAGCACUGAACACAUCCCUCCAGCCCUGGAGAAGCUCAUAGGGCAGGGGAGCAAGCCAGUGAAAAAGGAAGCAAGGAAGGCAGCACAUUUAACAGGGAACCCCACACAGCGGAACCUCCCAUUGGAGUGGGAACCCAUCUCUGGUCAUGCCUUCACCAGUGGCGUUCAGUACCGUGCCCAGGGCCUUGUGAUCAAUGAGACUGGUCUGUACUUUGUGUACUCCAAUGUGCUUUUCCGGGGAAGGCAUUGUGACAACGAGGUGUUGACACACGUUGUCUACAAGAGAAACCCAGCUUCACCAGGCAGCCACGUGCUGAUGGAGGACAAGCGCAUCAACUACUGUACAAAGGAGAAGAUGUGGGCCCGGAAAAGCUACCUGGGGGCUUUAUUCAAGCUCAGGGAGAGGGACAGUCUGUAUGUCAACGUUUCCAAAAUUGAUCUGGUUAACUUUGAGGAAUCCAAGACAUUCUUUGGGUUAUUUAAGCUUUAAGAGGUGCUGUUGAAAUGUGGCUGGCAGCACCCCACGCACCGGGACAUGCAGGGCAUGACGGCCACUUGAGAGGCAACGGUCCUAUGUUGCCAAAACCAAAGCAGGGUCUCACUCUAGGAAACCCAUCAAGAAACCACGUUUCAGCCUUCUGCAUGAGAAGGCUCAAGCAACAGGUAAAAGCUUGAAACCAGACCUCUAGGAAGCACCUGGCCUGUCCUGUGGCUGUCUGAAGAGAAUCACGCAUUUUCUUCCUCCGAAUAAAACCACCGCCCUGAAAUGUAGUGCAUCAAAGACCCUGUUGAAACUCACUACUUGCUCGAGAAGACUGCUACCUGAGAAAGUGCCAGGGCCUCAGCGGCACUGGCCCACACAUGCUGUUAUGCCCCCCGUGAGCUCAGGCCAUUUGGGGACAGCUGGCCUGUGUCCAAGAGGCCCUCAGUCUGAGCUGUGCUGUGCCAUGCCAUCGGUGGGGAUGUAGGAGUGAGCUCAGGCUGCUUCCCCUGAGCAAUGGUCUGCCCAUCCCACCUGGACACUUGGCACUGUAAAUUGUCUGGCAGGCACCCACCUACCAGUUGGCUUGUUAAGCAUGGUAGGUUUGUUUUGUGUUAAAUUAUUGACUGUUCCCUUCCCAGAAAAUAUCCCCACCCCUUUAUUUAACUCACCUUGCAAGGAAUGUGCUGGAAGUGGUGAUGUUGUGAGGGGUCCUGGCCCUGUGGUGAAAACAAGGUCUUGCUGAAUCCUCCCCAUCUUAUGGUGAUGGGUACAGCAUAAGGGGCCAGGUAUCC